GUUUCCUCAUUUCUCCCUGCGGGAUAAGUCUUUCUUUGCCCUGGUCUUUUGACUUUCACUUUCUCGUUCAGUUUUCCAGUUUGUUCAUGAUUCCUGUUUCCCAAAUCUCUCUCCCUCCUCCUCCUCCCUUCCAACCCAUCCCAUCUCAACAGCACCAACAACUCUAGGGUUUAUCUCUUCGCCUUAUUGAUUCCUACAAUUGCACUGUCGUCGGCGAUUCUCUUCCGAGUUCCGGGUCAUUGCAAUGCACCGGGUUGGUAGUGCGGGGAACAAUGGCAAUUCAAACCGCCCUCGUAAGGAGAAGAGGCUGACAUAUGUGUUAAAUGAUGCUGAUGACACGAAGCAUUGUGCUGGCAUAAAUUGUUUGGCAGUGCUAAAGUCAUCGGUAUCCAAUGGGUGCAACUAUCUCUUCACUGGGAGCCGUGAUGGCACACUUAAGAGAUGGGAACUUGGUGAAGAUGCUGCUACUUGCUCGGCUACAUUUGAGUCGCAUGUUGAUUGGGUAAAUGAUGCUGUUCUUGCUAGUGAUAAUACCCUCGUUUCCUGUUCAUCAGACACAACUGUGAAGACUUGGAAUAGCCUGUCAGAUGGAACUUGUACCCGGACUCUACGUCAACACUCUGACUAUGUUACGUGUCUAGCUGCAGCAGAAAAAAAUAGCAAUAUUGUUGCCUCUGGUGGCCUUGGUGGGGAGGUUUUCAUAUGGGAUAUCGAAUCUGCACUUACUCCACUCUCAAAGUCUAGUGAUGGCAUGGAAGAUGAUUGUUCAAAUGGUGUCAAUGGUGCUGCUAAUUCAUUAUCUGUGACAAACUUGCGGACAAUUAGCUCAAAUAACUGCAUUUCUUCUCACACAACUCAAUCUCAUGGAUAUAUUCCCAUUGCUGCCAAAGGUCAUAAAGAAUCUGUUUACGCUCUGGCAAUGAUUGAUGGUGGAACUCUUCUUGUCUCUGGUGGAACUGAGAAGGUUGUGAGAGUUUGGGACCCAAGGACUGGAUCAAAGACUAUGAAGCUUAGAGGGCACACAGAUAACAUUAGGGCCUUGCUUCUGGAUCCCACUGGGAGGUAUUGCUUGUCAGGGUCUUCUGAUUCUAUGAUCAGAUUAUGGGACCUUGGUCAACAGCGAUGCGUGCAUUCCUAUGCUGUGCAUACAGAUUCUGUUUGGGCACUUGCUAGCACCCCCACAUUUAGUCAUGUUUAUAGUGGUGGUAGAGAUCUCUCUUUGUAUUUGACAGAUUUGUCAACAAGAGAGAGUGUUUUGCUUUGCAUGAAGGAGCAUCCCAUUUUGCAAUUGGCACUGCAUGAUGAUAGCAUAUGGGUUGCAACAACAGAUUCUUCAGUUCAUAGAUGGCCUGCAGAAGGACGCAAUCUACAAAAGGUCUUUCAGAGAGGUGGUACAUUCUUGGCAGGAAACUUGUCCUUUUCGAGGGCAAGGGUUUCCUUGGAAGGAUCUGCUCUAGUCCCUGUCUAUAAAGAACCGACCUUUACCAUCCCUGGAGCUGCAGCAAUAGUGCAGCAUGAAAUUUUAAAUAAUAGAAGGCAUGUCUUAACUAAGGACACUGCUGGUUUAGUGAAGCUCUGGGAGGUUACCAGAGGUGUUGUAGUCGAGGAUUAUGGGCAGGUUUCAUUUGAUGAGAAAAAGGAGGAAUUGUUUGAGAUGGUAAGCAUUCCCGCAUGGUUUGCUGUGGAUACCAGGCUUGGAAGUUUGUCCAUUCACUUGGAUACACCCCAAUGCUUUUCAGCAGAAAUGUAUUCAGCAGAUCUUAAUAUAACUGGCAAGCCUGAGGACGAUAAGGUUAAUCUAGCACGUGAAACCCUUAAAGGUCUGCUAGCUCAUUGGUUGACCAAAAGAAGGCAGAGACCUGGAUCCCAAGCUUCAUCUAAUGGAGAUGCAUUAUCUGGGAGAGACAUUAGCAUGAGAAGUCUUACCCAUUCAAGAUCUGAGGUAGAUUCUAAUGUUGAGAAUGACGCCAUGGUUUAUCCUCCUUUUCAGUUUUCAACAGUGUGUCCUCCCUCAAUUAUUACUGAGGGCUCUCAAGGAGGUCCAUGGAGAAAGAAAAUUACUGAAUUAGAUGGAACUGAAGAUGAUAAGGAAUUCCCUUGCUGGGUUCUGGAUUGUAUAUUGAAUAAUCGCCUACCUCCCAGAGAAAAUGCCAAGUGUAGCUUCUACCUGCAUCCAUGUGAAGGUUCUGCUAUCCAGAUCCUCACACAAGGGAAAUUAAGUGCACCUCGAAUAUUGAGAAUACAUAAAGUAAGUCUGUUUGGUUUCUCAUAGUAUGAAAAGGUAAACUCGUUUUUGACGUGCAGUACACAGUUAUGACAGAUAACAUUGACUGUAUAUUUUUGUUGUGUGAGCAACACAAUGGCUGAGACAACAACAUUUUUUUCCUGAUAAAAUCAUUUGUUAAAGAUAACUCAUGAUCUGUGUAUUGGUUGUAGCCUAAAGAACAAUUGAAGUACAUUGUCUCUUUGGCAAUGAGCUAUGAUGAGUCCCCAAAAUUUUGUAUUAAAUGCUUUUUAUUUAU